UCCAGAAGGGAAUAUCUGUUGCAGCAGCUAGACAAGGUGCUCUCAGAUGACCGCUGUGCACACGUGACUAAACACCUGGCAGAGAUGAUCAUCCUGGAGCACAAGAUCACCAGUUCUCAGUUCACAAACUGGGAUGAUCGUUUUGAGCGUUUGGAGCGUCGGGUUGACGACCUGGCAGCUCAGCAGUCCAAGAUUUUGGAUGCUAUUCAGAGCUUGACUGCUCAGUUGUCAGCCGCCAAGCUAAUUGCCCCUCAGCUCCCUCUGAUCAAACCCAAACCUUCUCCUCCUUCUACACCUCCUUCAUCUUCCCCUGGAUCUGUGCAUUCUUCCCGGACACCAUCCCACUCCCAACAAGCCUCAGGCAAAGCCACCUAUGCUGCCGUUACUGCAGGAGAUAACAGAGGUCCCAAGAUCCCUGCUCCCAACAAGUUCAGGGGCGAUGACCCCAAGACCGAUGUUGGGGACUGGGCUGCUGGGACCAAAGCCUACUUGAGGGGCUUUGUCUGUCCAGAACAGACCAGGGUGGCCACUGUUCUGGGACUGCUGGAGGGACCUGCAUUGAAGUGGGCCACCUCCACCUCCAGCAGUCUGCAACAGUCCAUGAAGUACUGGGCUUUUGGGCUUGGGGUGGACAGACUUCUGCAGGCCCUGGAGGACCGAUUUGCAGACAAGGAGCGGGCCCGCAAGGCUGCUGACAGGAUUGCUCGCCUGGGGCAGCAGCGGUACAGCGGCACCCUGCAGGCCUUGUUUGCAGAAUUCGAGCAACUUACCUCCACCCCUGGGUUGGUCAUGUCAACCGAUGAUUUACUGACCAACUUCUGCAGGGCCGCGCCUGAGAAGUUUGUUGUUGCCCUGUACAGCGCUGGGCACAACGACUGGAGGUCCUUUGGUCGUGCAGCCCUGGAUAUGGAGGCAAAGCUUCAUGUUCAGGCCCCAUCCUUUGACAGGAGGAAAGGUGCCUUCCCUAGAGGUGGCAGAAAGGGAAAGGCAACCUUUACUCAUGCGGGAUCUGCAUCAGGUUCAGAUUCAGAUUCCCAGGCUGAUGCACCUUCAACUGGGACUGGACCUGCUGCUGAUACAGAUGUUGCAGCAGUCGUAACUCAAGCUGUUUUGGGAGUUCUGCAGCAGCAGAAGAGGUUCACCCCCACCACAGCCUCAGCCAGUGCCAAGGGGAAGGAAAAGGGACGGAACAGCGAGUUCAGAAUGUGCAUUGACUACAGGGGUCUCAACAAGAUCACUAGGAAAAGCACAGAGCCACUUUCUAGGAUCGAUGACCUACUGGAUAUGGUGCAGGGCUGCACAGUGUUCAGCAAAGUCGACCUCAAAUCUGACUACCACCAGAUUGAGAUGGCAGAGGAGGAUGUCUACAAGACAGCCUUCAAGACCAGGUAUGGGACUUACGAGUUCUUGGUCAUGCCAUUUGGACUUUGCAAUGCCCCAGGCACCUUCCAGACAGAGAUGCACCGCAUCUUCAGGCCUUACCUGGACAAGUUUAUGGUUGUCUACCUGGAUGAUAUGCUGGUAUUCAGCAAGACUGCCAGGGAACAUGCGAAGCACUUGGCUCUUGUCCUUCAGUCGUUACGUGACAGCCAAUAUAAGAUCAACAGAGAGAAGUCCUUCUUUGGAGUUCCCUCUGUUACCUAUCUGGGUCAUGUAAUCUCUGGAGAUGGUCUGGCUCCUGAAGCAGCCAAGAUUGUUGCUAUUCAGGAGUGGCCCCAACCACAGACAGUGAGGGAUGUCAGGUCCUUCAUGGGUCUAGCCUCAUACUACAGAAAGUUUGUCAGGAACUUUUCUGCAGUGGAUGCACCCCUGACCAACCUAACAAAGAAAGAUACUCCCUUUCUUUAGUCCCUUCCCUGUCAGUUGGCCUUCACACGACUCAAGAAGGCCUUGACUCGU